CGCGUCAAUGACGGCGCCAUCAUCAUCUGUAUAUCCAAUCAUAAUCGAAGUUACUUCAUUUGCAUAAAGUCACUUUGCAUUUGAAACAUAGCAAUGAAAUUGCCCUUUACUUUCCACUUUGGGUUGUUGCCGCCGAAUCAUUCUCAUUUAUUUAUCUUUAUGCUAUUUCAAAUUCAUUUAUUUCACAUCUCUAGAAACAAACAAGAUACAGUACAUCGAGAUCACAUCAAAUCAAUCAAAAUAAUGGAUUAAAUUAUAUAUUGACAAAUAACAAAAGUAAUGAACUGGAUGUGUGUGAAUAGCAAAAAGCCAAUAGGCAUGUUUAGGCUUCUCCCUGGUUUACAUUCAUUACUUAACAUCUUACAAUCAACUAUUUAGAUUGCAAGAAACAUGAAAACAGAUUUCAAAACCAACCAAAUCAGCAAACUACUAUAAAUGAACUAUGAAAAAGCACUUGUUGUAGUUUAAAAUAGUCCUGCCCCACCCCAGGCAAAAUAAAAAUAAGAAAUAAUAAGAAAAUUAUGAAAAUAUUCAAAUUACAAACAUGUUGUCGCGUCACUAAAAUCAUCUGCGCGCACUCUUCAAAAUAUGUAGGCUUAUCUAAACCAACGAUAUCAUGUAUUAUUAGGCUACUGUAUACAUGGUAUAUGUUAUGAAAGCAAAACAAAAACAAAGACAAAACAAAAAUUGAGAUGUAAUAAGGUCAAAAUAAUGAUUAUGCUAGCUUUAGUAAAUAAUCACAAUUUAUAUCAACAUAAUUUCGAUGUAUUUACUAUCAUGGAACUAACCAUGGAUUUGGCGAGCUACAUUUCUUGAAUACUUUUUACCUUUUACUGAAAUUUAAUUAUGAUCCUUAUGAUAAAGGCAGUAUAGUCGGAUCGACCUCAAUAAAAUUCAUUUAAUUCAGAAAAAUGUCACUAUUUCCCCCAUUAUGGUUAAAAUAAAGCUUAUUCAUCGUGUUAUAAGCCGUUUAGAUAUUUAUUCUCUUGAACACCACUAUUGUGACAAAUCUUCAGUCUUUUAUGCAAGCAAGGACGAACGCUUUUAACGUAUCCCAAGCAUGGGAAUUUAAAUGGGUACAGAAGUUUACUGCCCUAUAAUACAGUGUUUGUUAUGCAUGCUCUUCACGGAGCCAAAAGGCUAAUAUUUGUUGUGCUCUAAAAAUGCAACAAUAUUGCACUUGUCCUCGCAUUUUUUUUUACAUUUUCAUAUGUAUUUUUGUUAUCCAACAGGCCGAAUCACGAAUGGGUGUCCCACGGGAGCAUUCGCGGUGUCAAUCAAGAAAAUGAGGUGCGAAAUUUCGCGGCAUUUCGGCUCAAGUUUCUUUCGACUCGACCGCACCGGAGCCUGGGGUCUUCCGGCGGUCUAUUCAUCAAGGUGCACCCCGGGAGUUGCGGCUUGAACAAGCUGGAGGUCUACGAUGGAUUUUGAGAUUAAUUCACUCCAAAUCCGCGAGGAUUACAUGGAAAUAUAAAAUAGGAUAUCCUUUGGAAUUGGUUUUAUGAAAGUUUAAGAUCUGCUUUUUCUCAAGGCUGAAGAAACCUCACUAUAUUUCUCGUGUCAUUUAUGUGAGCUCAGAUCGUCAACACUCUCAGCUAGCUAUAUUGAAACCAGGCCGUCUGUUGAGUACCUCUAUAAACAUUUACAAGGGACGGAUUUAUUAAAACCCCAAUUUUAAAGAAAUUGUGGUUUUUCUUGUAAGAAUGAACAUCAUUCAAAAUGGCGGAGAUCAGAUAUGCAGUAAUGGCAAUGUAUGCCAUUACUUUCUAUAGCCUUCUACAAUUCAGCGUCGCCCCAGAUGGGGGAAACCACAUCUUGCCUCAAUCUGGAGAUCUGCAAAUGGAAGACACUCAAAUGGAAGUGGGUGAAUUGAUCCAGAAAUCGAAUCUAAGGCGAUUAAGAGCAACGGGAAGAGACGCGAUGGGGAUGAGAACUGGAGAUAAGACGCAGAGGUCGCCUCCCGACAUAGCAUUACGGAUUACUCUUGAUGCAGACGACAGCGCACUUGAUGCAAAGGUGGGAAGAAAAUUACGCACCGACCACAGCGCGGAAGGGGAGUACUCUAAAACAAGGACGCAACGCGAUUCCACAACAGGCAUUCAAUCGAGCGGUGAUGCUCGAUCAAAUCGGGGCAAAACGGUCACCGGAAACCAAACGAAGUACGCAGGAGAUUCUUCAACUUCGAUUUCUUGUGCCUCGGGUUUCAAGAAUAAUUGUCAGCGCACUCGAUCACAAGUAAAUAAAACACGAAGUAAACACGAACAGCGGAUUGGAGACGGUAACGUGAGAAGGGAAUUGGUCGACGAGAAAGCUCGUCUAGCGUCAAAUGGAUUAAGAAGAAAGAUGAAUGCGUUGAAAUCGGGCAUGCUGGCGAGACGUAGUGAUACUUUAUCACGCAUAGUACAAGCUAGAAAUGAUUCAAAGGAAAUAAUUCGUAACCAUGGAAACCCAUUUUCCAAAGAGAUGAGGGAUGGUUCUCACGAGAGUGAGCCGAAGGUUAGCGAGUUAGAACUUUUUAAAGAUGGCAUAUUCUGGAGUAGGGACGUCGAGACAUUGCUUCCUAACUGGACGUCGGAAGCGGAUGUAACCGCGUGGCUUAACGAUGUUCGGUCGCAGCGUAUUGUGCGGUUGUUACCGGGGUGCGGUCGGGAGAGCAACCGGCUCGCGGUCCUCGAAAAUGGCGUGAUGGUAUGCUGUCGUUACAGACAGAACGUUGAUCAAAUCCAGGGAGAUAUCUUGUCAUUCCACCUGUCGCGGUUAAUUGGUAUCGGGAAUCUACCGCUAGGUGUUUUGAUGAAAAUCGAACCGGACAGCGAUCAGUGGAAAGCGGUUAAGAAAAAUAUCACAGCGGCUGGUUGGAAAAAAAAUCGAAUAAUCGUGGCGACAAAAUGGAUACCCGAUUUAGAACCCGCAUUCGUACCUCUUGAAUUAAAGAGUUUGAACGGAACAAUACGCAGAACACCUGUUGACAUAGUUUCCCGGAUAAGUAGAAGCCCGGAUCAUUUGGUAGAACUUGUGCAGUGGUCCGAUCUUGCCAUAUUUGAUUAUGUAACCGCGAAUUUGGAUCGGGUAGUCAACACUUUGGUUAACCUUCAGUGGAACCGACACAUGCUCAUGCAACCGGUUCACAACCUAGAAAUUUCGAGGACGGAUAGACGGUUAUUGUUUCUUGACAACGAAUCCGGCCUACGACACGGUUAUAGGAUGUUGGAUCAAUUUGGGCAUUACCACGACCAGAUUCUUAAGUUGUUUUGUGUGUUUAGGGAGCAAACAGUCCACAGAUUAAAAAUUAUCAGUGAACAGGUAAAUUUUUGGGAGUUAUUUAUGAAUGAAGUUGAAUCGGAAGAACCGUUAUUACAAAACUUGCCGUCCUAUCCGCCUAAGUUCCGAGAUGUUUUGAAAAACCGAAUGAAAAAUAUAGUCCAUCACACAGAAAAUUGUAAACGAAGUGCACUAAAGUAAUGCAGGAUUCCCCUCCCCGUUCCCUCACUAUUCAAAGCUAUAGCAUUAGGCCUAACAUACCGAGAAAGUGAGUUUGGUCUAAAUUAAUAGGCCCGUAUUUUGAAGUCGGGUUUAACUUAGACCAUGGUAUAACUCUGUGCUAAAAUUAUGGGAAGCCAAACGUUUCAAAAUUUUGUUUGCAGUGAAUGCUUCUCACGUUAACUGUGCUCUUCACUAAUUAUUAAUGGUGAAGACAAUUGUCAUACUUAUCCUUCCCAGGCAGUUAAUAAUGUUUUGGGAGUCAAAUGAGCUGAUACAUUGAACCUCUACUGUUAGAGAUUUAUGUAACAACUGGCUUUCCAUAGUUAAGCCACAAGUUAAAACCAGAGUUUAAAUUAAACCCGACUUCAGAAUACGGGCCAUAGUGAUUUAAUGUUUAAUGAUGCGAGGCAGUUCCAAAUAAGAAUACUGAAAUUGAAAGUUAAUCCUCUACUGUAACUUCUAAAGUAAUAUUUAUAUGACGUUUUGACAGAUGAUUUAUCAAUUUGUGUAAUCCUUGAAAAUUGUAUGGAUUUUACCAAAAUAAAUAGGGGCAGUACCAAAUAAGAUAUGAAAUUGAUAAUGGUGUACUACUGUGACUACUAAACCAUUCUAACCUGUCGUGUUGAAGGGUACUCAAUAAUUGUAGGCCUACUUCUUGAUAUUGUUAUUCUUUAAAAAUAAGAAGAAUUCGAUAAAAUAGCCAAUGUGUUGGUCAAUGCAUCCAACCAAAAAUAUUGGCAAUUACCAACGCGAUAAUGAGCCAUCGUUUAACCGCGUUCUUCAAAACCGUUGUUUAAAACCGUAGCAAGAGUUUGGUUGAUUAACUUGAUUUUAUCUCUGUUACUUGUAUUUUUUUUAUUUUCAGACACAUUGGCCUUUUCACCAACAUAUUGGUUAUUUUAGACAGAACUUUUUAAAGAGUAAAAUUCAAACAGUACUAUUGUGACGAUUUUAUAGCAGUAUUUGCCUGGAGGAUCCAUGGUAUUUUAUAAACUAUGAUAUUAAAGUAAGAAUUACUUGUUUGAUGGUUGUUGAUAUUCUAUUGCAUAAGUAUUGCUCAUAUUAUUCGCCAUACAUCAUUAGGGUGCUUUGAAGAAUAACGGGAGGAAAAGAGGAGGGAAGAUUAUAUGUUUCUGCGGAUAUGCUCAGACCUAGGGAAAGUAAUACCUUGGUCACAUUUGCUCUACGGCGGCCGUACGGCGAGUCGAAAACAGUCGUUUUAUUCAUUUUUAUUCAAACUACCGAUAUGUAGCUGGUACAAACAAAUGUUAAAACGGCUGUUUUCAACUGGCCGUACGGCCGCCGUAGAACAAAUGUGACCAAGGUAUAAGCACUGAGCAUACGGACGUAGACUGACUUCACCUGAAUAUAUAGGCUACUGUGCAUGAUUAUGAAGCAGUCGUUUUAUGUUUUUGUUUUCAUCCAUUUUGAUGUUCUUUCUGGCUUUUAAUUCAGCCUGCAGACAGUUCAUAAUUAUUGUGCAAUAUGGGUCUCAAUUGGAAGUGAUUGAUUGAAAAAAUCUCAACUUGUGAUUAAUCUCGUCUGCUGUAGAGUUGAGAUUGGUUUUAACCAAUCACAACUCGUUAUUUGAUGGCCCAGUUUAUAUUAAAAUGCUAAAGAAUGACAAUCAAAUCAAUUCUACGCAUGUGUUAUACGCAAGCAGUACGUAUAUGGUUAACCUGUUAAAUGGUGUGUCAAAAAUCUGUUCGCGAAGUUACGCACAACUUUACGAUCGAUUGUAGUAUGGAACCCAAAAUUUAGUCAAUUUUUUGCUGAUAUCAAACAGGUAUGAUUGAACGUCGGAACAAAUUAAAUUGUGUUUUAGAUACAAGAUUGUGAUCAACAUCAGUAUACUUCAACUAUGGCUGAUCAUGGUUAUAUAGGGACACAUACUUGGCUUGCGAUAUAUCGCAGUCAUUGGUAAAUUUGUGCGUAACACCUUGUUGCUAUUUGGGGAUUUCCAUCCCAAAAUUUUGGGAUUUUAAGAAGCCUUUAGGGAUGGAGAAAAAAUUAUUUGGGAAUUAAAAUAAAUUUGGGGCUUUUUGAAGGUUUUGAUGAAAAGCACUAAGAUUCGUUAUUUUUCAGUAAUAUGAUGCUAAUAAUAGUAUACGAGCUACUGUAGAUCAUAUAUUGUACAUCAGUACAUUUCCUACGCAAUUUAACCGAAGUAUUCAUUACAUUGAACUUAGUUGUUAUUAGUACCGUAUAUAUCUCUAUGGUUGUACGAAACAAUGGUAGUGUUGCCAACUUUGCAUCGAAACCAAAAAAAAGAAAAAAAUCUGCUUUGUAGUAUGGUGUGAACAAACAAACACACAUUACUAGUUUUGGGCAAUAACCUGGCAUGAUAAAUGUCCUCGCUUUUUCAGAAAUUAUUGUGUUUUUUUAAAUUGGGGGGGAUUUUUCGAGUGCCUUUGGGGGAUUUUCUUUAGCUCGGACCUAGCAUCACUGGCCUAACACUAAACGAAUGACUUCGUUGAACAACCUUGCAAUAUGUAAUAUUUUAUUAUUAUUAGCAUAGUAAUCCUUAUGAAAUACUGUAAUCAGAAUUAUGUUUAUAUGUUACAGUUAAUAGAGCGCGUACAAUCGGUUGAUAUGUUAUUCAAUAGAUAAUUAUGUUUAAAAAAACAUUAUGUAAAUCGUCAUCGGCAUCGGCCGUACUGUAUUUUAUUAAAGAGACAAUCACUUUCAACUUAUUUAUUUGCAGUAACCAACGACAAUCAAUAUGAUGCACAAAUGUAUUUAUGAUAUAAUCAUGAUUAUGUUGUCAAAAUGACUGUUUCAGAAAAAUAAAUUGAAAUAUCUUUAUUA